GUGUGUCUAAGAGUACUUGUUGAGAUGAGGGAUUUGACUUUGGUGCCUCACCAUUUAUAUGGAACCAUAGAUAUUAUAUUCUUCAACACAAAACAAACAUGAAAACUGAUCUCUCUUUGCACAUAGAUGCCGAGCAAGAACAAGAAAACAAACUAGAGUACGAUGUUGAUGUUGAGGAAGAAAUGAAACAAACACAGCUGCAAUUAGAAGCUGGAGAAAUAGAAGAACAUGUUGUAUCUUUGCAAGACAACAAGAACUAUAAAACUAGAGAGCAGGAGGAGGACCUGAAUGUGUUACAAAUGGAGAUGGAUCGCAUCAAAGAGGAGAAUCAAGCUCUGAGGAAACUGGUGGAACAAACUAUGAAAGACUACUAUGAUCUCCAAAUGAAAAUUUCCAACAAUUAUAAUAACAAACACAUCAAGGAUCUUGAAAUUUCUGUCCAAAGGGCAUCACCGACAAUUCAUGAUGAUGAUGAUGAACUGAGUUUGUCACUGAGGUUGAAUAAUACAAGUAGCACAUCAUGGAGGAUUCAUCAACAAGAGAGGGUCACAGAUAAUAUUAUUAAUGAAAAACUAAUUUCAAGUUUUGCAUCAUCAUCAUCAUCAUCACUGCAGAACAAGUUAAUAAUAAGGGGAACAACACAUGAUGAUACUGCUAUCACUACUCAUCAUCAUCAUCAUCAUCAUCUUUCUGCAGCAGCUUCCACCACUACUCCAAACAGAAAACCUAGGGUUUCUGUUAGAGCCAGAUGCGAGGAAGCCAAAAUGAAUGAUGGGUGCCAAUGGAGAAAAUAUGGCCAAAAAAUUGCAAAAGGGAAUCCAUGCCCUCGAGCUUAUUAUCGUUGCACUGUAGCUCCAGGUUGCCCCGUUAGAAAACAGGUGCAAAGAUGCUUGGAUGACAUGUCAAUACUAAUCACAACGUAUGAAGGGACACAUAAUCAUCCACUGCCGGUGGGUGCAACUGCCAUGGCUGCAACAGCUUCUGCACCUGCUUCCUUUACUCUUUCUCAUGGUGUCUCUGCAUCACAACCUCACUUUCCAUGGAUCACCAAUAAUAAUAACGUGUCGGCAAUAGCCUCAGAUCCUAUCAAGUUCAAGGUUGCGGUUGCGGCAGCCAUAACAACUCUCUUCACCAAUAAUAAUAAUAAUAAUAAUAAUAAUAAAGAAAGCCAUCAUCAUCAUCACGGUGGUAACUGGAGGUACCUAUAACAACAACACCAGUAACUGGAUCAUAGAAUCUCUCUCCAGAAACGUUAGGCCCAAUUGAUUGAUAUUCAUCAUAUAUAUAUAUAUAUAUAUAUAUAUAUAUAUAUAUAUAUAUAUUAUUGAGAAAAAUAAA